CAUUUACAUCGUUGAUGCGGAUCUUCUUCAGGCAUUGCUGAUUCUUUUGGGAGAUGGUCUCCAGUUUGAAGUUGACCUCCUGGAAGUCCUUGUCUAGGGCGUGGCUCUCUUCAUCUACCAGUCCCUUGCGAGCCACCCCAACCAGGGAGGAGACAAUGCCAAAGAUGGGGUCGAUGGAGGAGGCGAAGGAGGUCACUUUCUCUACGCAGCCUAGGACCUUUGCUGCAUGGACCUUGAUCUUUUUUGAGUCAGCCAUCACUGCUGCUGCUCUUCGUCCACAGUAAGGUUCACAAAAAGAGAGUCGGGAGGCUGCAGAGAUAUAAAAAAACAAACAGGGGAGUGAACAUGAGGAAGUGACUCAUGCAUGAUCUGCUCUGAUUGGCUGAGGGGACUUCUUCCAGUUGCAUGGCGGCUUCUAGCUCCAACUACAGGCUGCAGAACAGGCUGUAAAACACUCAUAUCUCUCUUGCUGCAGUUUUUCCAGAUGUCCUCCUAACUUUUCAUCCACCGCUUUUCCUGAAUCAUCCUCACAACAUAGCUUUGGGCUAUGACUGUGACAAGAAAAGGCUUUCACUCACUGAUAAGAGGGGGGAAACAUCCACCUGUUGCUGAUGGACAUAGACAACCUCUUCAAGUCGCCUGGUCCGGACUGAGGACGAAAACCUUCUGGUUUCAGCUCUGAUCCAUCAGACAUGCCGUGCAACAUCAGGAGAGGUCCAGUGAAAAUGCACAAGAUGUUUAUUGAGCUGAUGGUGUUGAUGGGAGUGGCUGUUCUGAGUAAUGGCGCCGUUCAGAGACCAGACUAUGAUGACACUCCCACCCCUGAGUUCCUCAACCCCUCUUGGAUGGCUAGUAUCCCUGAUGAUCAGCCGCUGUCUGAGGUCACCAUGCCAGGAACACACAACACCAUGGCCCUGUAUGGAGGUGUGUAUGCUGAGUGUCAGACCUGGAGCUUGGCCUCCCAGCUCCAGGCAGGGGUCCGCUUCCUGGAUGUCCGUGUCCGUCACGUCAAGGGGAAUCUCACCCUUCACCACGGGGUGUCUUAUCAGCGAGCACACUUUGGACACGUCCUGGAGGGUGUGACUAAAUUCCUCCAAGAGUUUCCCACUGAGACGGUGCUGAUGAGGCUGAAGGAGGAGUUCAGUGAGACCUACGACAUCUACGGGGCUGUGGUCAGCUACAUUCACCGCUACGCCCACUGGGACCUCCUGUGGCACAGCCGACUUGUGCCAACCAUGGCAGAGGCCAGAGGGAAGCUCAUCAUCCUGCAGGACUUUUCUGGACCAGACUUGGGGAUGCGCUAUGGUUCUCUUGACAUAGCGGAUGACUGGAAGGUGCCCACACUCCUGCAUGUGGAGGAGAAAUGGCAGAGCGUCUAUGAUCACCUUGAAGCUACACCUACAGGAAACAAAGUCCAGAUUUUCCUCACCUUCAGCAGUGGAGCCGGUGUGUUUGCGUACCCCCGAGCCGUCGCUCAGCGCAUCAACACACAGCUCUAUGACUACUUGAAGGCCAAAACUGACAUGAACCAGCGCUUUGGAAUUAUCUGCAUGGACUUCCCUGCAUCUCCCAUGAUUCAAAUGAUCAUUGACUUCCAGCUUAAAGAGGUCACAAAGAGAUGGAAGGCCUUUGAAUCGGUGCCUACAAAGCUUAGUUUGAAAUACACAUUAUCUUCACUAAGAAAGAAGAUGGUGAAAGAUGUAGCGGUGAAUGUCUGAGCCAAAGUCACUGAAGUGAAAUGCGGAUGAAACCAAAGAUACUGGGUACAAAAUAAAUGAAGGAAAUUUGGUGCAGUAAUAAAAUGCUGCUGAAACUG